UUAUGUUCCGCUAUAAAUACUUGUAGUAGCUUCACUCUCCACACAUACCAAAAACAAUUCUAAAGUUCUUUUUCUUAUGAUGGAGCUGUUGUGGAAAACUCAUAAGAGGGUGAUUAGGAUAGCUUUUGCUCUCCUUUUGGUUGUGCUGAGUUCAGAGAGAGUAGAGAGUAGAAAGGCCAAAGUUGUGACCACUUCCUUAGAGUACAAUGCUAUAAACUGCAGAGCUCACAGUGCUUCAUUGACAGAUUUUGGUGGUGUUGGAGAUGGAAAAACUUCCAACACAAAGGCAUUUCAGUCUGCAAUAAGUCGCCUGAGUCAGUAUGCUUCUGAAGGUGGUUCUCAGCUCUACGUUCCUGCAGGAAAAUGGCUCACUGGUAGUUUCAACCUCACAAGUCACUUCACUCUCUAUCUAGACAAAGGUGCCGUUCUCCUUGCUUCUCAGGAUAUAACUGAGUGGCCUGUGCUUGAACCCCUCCCAUCAUACGGUAGAGGAAGAGACGCACCAGCAGGAAGAUUCACAAGCCUCAUAUUUGGCACAAACCUCACUGAUGUUAUUGUCACAGGUGAAAAUGGCACCAUAGAUGGUCAGGGUGAGUUUUGGUGGCAGCAAUUUCACAGUAAAAAGCUGAAAUACACUCGGCCGUACCUGAUUGAAUUAAUGUUCUCAGAAAACAUUCAAAUCUCAAAUUUAACUCUCCUCAAUUCCCCUUCAUGGAAUGUUCAUCCUGUUUACAGCAGCAAUAUCAUUGUACAAGGCAUCACCAUUUUUGCUCCUGUCAAAUCUCCAAACACUGAUGGCAUCAACCCAGAUUCUUGCACAAAUGUGAGAAUUGAAGAUUGUUAUAUAGUUUCUGGGGAUGACUGUGUGGCUGUUAAGAGUGGAUGGGAUGAGUAUGGCAUAAAAUUUGGGCGGCCUACCAAACAGCUAGUGAUCAGAAGACUAACAUGCAUUUCACCCUACAGUGCAACCAUUGCCUUGGGAAGUGAGAUGUCUGGUGGUAUCCAAGAUGUGAGAGCUGAGGACAUCACAGCCAUCCAAACAGAAUCAGGGGUCAGAAUCAAGACAGCAGUAGGGAGAGGAGGGUAUGUGAAGGACAUAUAUGUGAAGAGAAUGACCUUGCAUACUAUGAAAUGGGCAUUUAAGAUGACUGGUGACUACAACUCACAUGCUGAUAGCCACUAUGACCCUAAUGCAUUGCCUGAGAUAAAAAACAUCAACUACAGAGAUGUUGUGGCUGAAAAUGUGACCAUAGCUGCGAGGUUUCAAGGAAUAUCCAAUGACCCCUUUACAGGAAUCUGCAUUGCCAAUGUGACACUUGGGAUGGCAGCCAAGGCCAAGAAGCAACCAUGGACCUGCACUGAUAUUGAAGGGAUCACGAGUGGAGUGACCCCUCCACCUUGUGGUUUGUUGCCUGAUCAGGGGCCAGAGAAGAUCAAAGCAUGUGAUUUCCCUGCAGAUAGUCUACCUAUUGACAUGUUGGAGCUUAAGAAAUGCACCUACAGCAUGACAUAUGUUGUAAUGUAGUAGUCUAUGUAAGUUGUUGAUUUAGGAGUAGUCUUUCUCAGACUAUCAAGUAAGCAUUUCUCAAGUUAAGAAGUGAAUGGUAUUUCAAAAUAUAGAAAUGAAAGGGUUUUCUUUUCUUCUCUCC